AUGCAAUGGAUUAAAUCUGUUUAUAAUGACAUUGUUUCUACUGAAUUAGAUGAUGGACCAAAAGUAGAAGAAUUAUUUGAAACGUUAACAACUGCAGAAGAUAAAACAACAAUUAUUUAUGAUAUAUAUUCAAGUUCUCAUACAAAUCAUUCAGUAUUUCUUCAACAUUUAAAUCAAUUAACUGAAUUAUUAAAAAAUGCAGAUGUAAAAACAGAUAGUCAAAUGAUUAAAUUUAUUUGUUUGAUAUUAAAAGAAAUUACAACAAAACCAAGAAAUACAGAUGGAUUUGAAGAGGAAUUAUUAGUUGAAGGAAUUUAUAAAGAACUUCCAAACUUUGAUUAUGUUUUAUGUUCUAAAUUAGAUGGAAUGAAAGAUAUUCAAACAAUUCAAACUAUAUUAUCUACAAUUACAUAUUUCUUAAAAACAUAUAAAUCAUAUGCAAAAUUUACAUGUUUCUUUGAAAUGUCACAAUUAUAUCCUUUGUUUAUUCAAAAUCUCCCUAAUUCUUAUAUGCAUAAUGAUAUUGCAAUGUUUUUAACUACUAUUUGUAAAGAUAAUCAAGAACUUCAAAAAUUACUUGUAUUUAAUGGUAUUUUUGAUGUUAUUUUUCAAGCAUUUGCUGAAGCUCAAUAUAUUAAAAAUCCAAGAAAAAUUGUAUUAUAUUUUGAUUUAUUAAAAGUAUUGUUAGAUAAUAAUAAUCAAAAUGAAUAUAAUUUUAGAGAAUUAAAUUAUGGAAAAUCUCUUCUUAAAUUUUUUGAUGAUGUAAAACCACAAACAGUUGCUGAUUUACAAGAUGAUCAAUUAGAAUGUAUUAUUCAUAUUUAUUCAGUUCUUGAAUUAUUCUUUAAUUCUAAUCUUCCUUCAUAUAAAAUAAAUCAAAAAUAUUUUGUUUCUCUUGGAUUAUUAGAAAUUAUUGGUAGUUUAUCUUUAUCAGAUAUUCCAUAUCCUCCUUCUUUCUUACUUUUCUUAAAAACAGUUUGUUUAUUAAACUAUUUAUGA